AUGUCCGAAGUCGAAAAGGGCGUCAAAGACCUGAAAGUAAGUGGAUUUUCAUCUUCAUUUUAUGUGUUUAGGUAUAAAUUGAGGCUAGAUUAGGACAAAAUGCGGGCUAGUUUGCUUUUGAGGCUAACACGACCGAUUCGAUGUUAUUGUACCUUACCCGAAACCGAGGUUCGCCGUCCCCGAGUUGUUUGGACCGAACGGGGCGGGUGGCGGGUGGGUUUUACUGUUUGUUAUAAUUCAUAGACCUUGAUGAAGUUUUGGAGAGCGCUAUUGGAGUUUUGUGGAGGUUUUUUCGCGAAAUUCUGGGGUUUGAAUGAAAGCAGAGCUAGCCUAGUACAAUAUAAAAAUAUGAUAUGAACUGAAAGAGACUUAUUGAAUUUUGACUAAUAAGUUCUUCGUUAGAAUGGGUGGAGUUAGUUGAAAGUUUUUUUUUGCAUUGAUUCAUUCGUGAAUUCAAACACUUCUUCCGGAUAUUGUCCAUGAUGUCAUACGUGUGUUUUCCACCAACUUACUGAUUUUUUAUCGUUCCAGGUGAAGGAGCAGAAAGCUAGAGCCGAAAAGAUGAAGGCUGAAGGAAAAUUUGCUCUUAAAACUCCUAAGGGAACCAAGGACUUUGGCUCAAGUCAGAUGGUGGUCCGUGAAAAAGUCUUGGGAAUUAUGACCGAAAUCUUCAAGAAACACGGCGCCGAAGCCAUUGAUACUCCAGUUUUUGAGCUGAAGGAGGUUUUGAUGGGAAAAUAUGGAGAAGAAGGGGGAAAAUUGGUUUAUGAUCUGGCUGAUCAGGGUGGAGAAGCUUGUUCUUUACGCUACGACUUGACUGUAAGUUUAUUUGACUUGCUUUUUGGUGUUUAGGGAUUCUCGAAGGAUGCUGUUGCUACAAGUGCCUAUUUAGGUUCCGUUUGCUCGAUAUGUGGCUAUGAACAAGUUGGCCAACUUGAAGAGGUACCACAUUGCCAAAGUCUAUCGUCGAGACAACCCCGUGAUGACGAAAGGAAGGUUCCGAGAGUUUUAUCAGUGUGUAAGUGACUUUAUCUUUCUGUUUUCGUCUUUAGAGUGCGCAAUUUCUUCUGGAUCAUCUGAAAUUCACCUUAUUUUACUUUCACCUUCACAUCAGAAUUCUGAAAUCCAAAAUUUUAGGAUUUUGAUAUUGCUGGUCAAUAUGAUUCGAUGUUACCAGAUGCCGAGUGCCUAAAGAUUGCUGAUGAAGUCCUUUCCACCUUGGACUUGGGUGAAUUUGAGAUCCGUUUGAACCAUCGAGCUCUGUUGGAAGGGAUUUUCGCCUUGAGUGGAAUUGACACCAAAGACUUCAAAACUGUCUGUUCAAGUGUUGAUAAGCUGGAUAAGGUUCCAUGGGAGACCGUGAGGGACGAAUUGGUUAAUGAGAAGAAAAUCCCGGCCGAUGCGGUAAAUCAUCUGGAGAAAUAUGUGAGAGCAAGAGGUGAGGAGGGAGAAUAUAAUUUUUAGCUGUAAAGGAGUAAGCAAUGAUACAAGAAUGCGUUGAAUUUUGUUUGCUGAGAUGUGAUUUAGUUUAUUUUUUACUUGGAUGGCAUGUAUAAUAUAAUUUUUUUUUUUCAUUUUACCAAGAUUUUUUUUCAGAGCUAGCCUCGAACCCAACGAACGAAGACCUCCUAAAAAUCUUCGAGACCUUCGAAAACGACCGUGUGAAGGUCGCGGUGAAUGAGCUGCGAUUGCUCCUCGAAUACUGUGAGCUUUAUGGAUGCAAUAAACGCGUGGUCUUUGAGCCAUCCUUGGCUCGAGGCCUCGAUUAUUACACUGGAGUCAUCUAUGAGGUCAUUGUGAAAGGUUGGUCAUUUUUUUGGAUGGAAAUUGUGAUAAAUGUAUAAAAAUUGUACUUUUUUUAGAAUUUUCGUUUGUCCCGAAGAAUGCGAAUCCCGAAAACCCUGAGGAAAACUGUUCGGUAGGCUCGGUAGCUGCUGGCGGACGCUACGACACGCUGGUUGGCAUGUUUUCGGCGUCGGCGGGGAAGAAACGAACGGAUAUUCCAUGUGUAGGAAUUUCGUUUGGCAUCGAACGACUCUUCAGCAUCAUGGAGAUGAAACAUAAGGUAGGAAAAAGUCAAAAAAUUUUGGUUUCAGAAAAAAAAAAUUUUUUUUUCCUUUGUUUUAUCUACCUACUACAAUAUAAUUUUUGUAAUUUUUUUUCGAAUUUAGAGCGAAGAAACUGGCCUCCGAACCAACGCAACGGACGUGCUUGUGGCGUCGGCACAAAAGGGCCUUCUCAAGGAGAGAAUGAAAAUCGCCCGGAUUCUGUGGGACGCGAAUAUUCGAACUGAACUCCCGUACAAAGCCAAUCCUAAGUUAUUGAACCAACUUCAAUACGCGGAGGAGCGAAUUAUCCCCUGGGUGGUACUCCUCGGAGAACAAGAAUUGAACAACGGCCUCGUCAAGAUCAGAAAUGUCAAAACCAGAGAGGAAACGGAGGUUAAAAUAGACGAUUUAGUCGAAGAACUCAAAAAACGGUUAUCCUAA